AUGUCUUUCCCACCAACUCCAGCCAUGUCGGGUGAAUUCACUAUCCAGGACAAGCCUGCUACAGAUAUGUUCACAUUACCUCCUGCUGCAUUGAGUCCUCAAAGCCGCCGAUCAUCCAGAUCAGAUCCCUCUUAUACUCCGACUUCAACCUCACCGGAUCUCUCUGGUCGCCGAUCAAGUCACACAGGACGGUCGGGGACAACUAAGCGCCCAUUGGAGGACUUCGACUUGCCUCCACCACCGACCCGAACUCGCAAGAUCAUCCAGAUGAAACCAAAGCCGGCGAAAUCCAAGGCAAAGGAUAGUAAGGCUCCCACGCAGAGCCCAGAGCCGAUCUCCAAUCCACCCACAAGUUCCAAGAGGAAACAACCCAGUGCAACCAGCGCGGCUGGUCGGAAGAUUGCUCGCAAGACCGCCCAUAGCUUGAUCGAGCGUCGAAGACGAUCAAAAAUGAACGAGGAGUUCGGAACCCUCAAGGAUAUGAUUCCCGCUUGCACGGGGCAGGAAAUGCACAAGCUUGCCAUUCUUCAGGCAAGUAUAGACUACGUCAACUAUCUGGAGAAAUGCAUUCGCGACAUGAGAACAGCAGGCUCUAGCCAUACUGUUGCGCCGCCGUCGCCCACAUCGCCAGAGUUCAUCGCCGAAACAGGUGCCGAGCCUAUGCGUGAAUCCUCCACAUACUCCUAUUCUCCCUCCGCAUCUCCAGAGGCAUAUGCUCCCCCAGAGCUCUUUCCUGAUACCUCUCCAUCAUUCUCGCCGCGAACUCAAGUGCCUUCUGCUCAAAAUGUGCCCGAACCCACCUCGGUCCUGCCAAGUCCGGCAUUGGGUCCGAUCUGGGCUUCUCCUGAGAAAAUGCAUGAGCUUCAAGGCGUUGAUCACGAGGCCUCGGCUGCUCUGCUCAUGUUGACUCAGGACCGUAGGGGCACUGCGGAUUCAAUAAGCGAGCAAUUUUCCGGUGCUUCGUUGGCGAAGCACGAGGAAGCUCCGCCUGUGGGUGCACAACGAAGGAAGGGGAUGAGUGUGCGUGAUCUUCUCAUCUCAUAA